UGUUCACUAAUUCCCUUCUAUAAAGAUACAUGUUCCAAUCCUCACCCCUCACCCCACCAAGAAUACAGAGUACUAGAAGGUCAAGAUAACCUCAAAUAUGAUGAAAGGUGUUCACUACCUUGUGACUAUGGCCCUGUUGGCUUUGGCAUCCACCCUUGCUUUUGCGGAUGACCCUAGUCCUCUGCAAGAUUUCUGUGUUGCAAUUAACAAUACCAAUUCUGCUGUAUUUGUGAAUGGAAAGUUCUGCAAGGACCCAAUGCUUACAACAGCAGAUGAUUUUUUCAUCUCCGGGCUAGAUAUUCCUGGAAACACUGAAAAUCAACUAGGAUUUAGUGUCAAUCUUGUGGAUGUGAAUAAAUUUGCAGGCCUCAACACUCUAGGUAUUUCCUUGGCUCGCAUUGACUUUGCACCGUAUGGCUUAACUCCUCUACACACUCAUCCUCGUGGCACCGAGCUUCUGGUAGUCUUAGAGGGUACUCUCCUUGCGGGCUUUGUGACAUCCGACCCAGACCACCGCUUCUUCACCAAAACUUUAAAUCAAGGAGAUGUCUUUGUGUUCCCAGUUGGUCUUAUUCACUUCCAGUUCAACAUAGGAAAGACCAAUGCUGUUGCCUUUGCUGGUCUCAGUAGCCAAAAUCCUGGGUUCAACACAAUAGCAAACGCGGUCUUUGGAUCUAAUCCUCCCAUUAAUCCAGAUGUUCUCAUCAAGGCCUUCCAAUUGGACAAGAAUGUGAUUGAUUAUCUUCAGAAAAUAUUCCACGGAUAAUAAUGAUGAAGCUAGUAUUAGAUAGCUAGAAUAAAGUUUUUAUGUUUCCCUUAUUGUAGUGUUAUGGUUGUAAUUAUUAUGAAAUAAAAUGAUUGUUGAUAACUCA